UGUGCACCGUCGCCAGUUUUCCCGCAGCUUUCGUGUUGUUCGUUCGUCUGCCGUCGUUUCUGUCGCGCGUCACCAAAAAACACAAUAUUUUUUACGAUAGACUACGCGCGGCGUCUUCAAUUUCCAUUUUUACCGUGAUACUAUAUGUAUAAAAUGCAUUUCCGAGAAAUUUUUUAACGACAUGGUUUGUACGUUGUCCGACGGUAGUGUUUUGUGAUAUGCUCGAAAUUAAGUGAUGGAGACGGCCAUGAUGUUAUGCCGUAUCACUAUGGCGAUGCUGCUGUUGCUGGCGUUUCAUCGGACGGCCAUCGCGGAUAAUUUAGCUCUGUUAUCUGGUACGCUCAGGACAUACCACAGGGUGGGCUGCGAGACCCAAUCGUUGGCGCUGACGUGUCCAACCGGUACGAUCAUCUCGGUACAGUCGGCCCAGUACACGCCGGGUUCGUUGGCGUUACCCUGCUCCGACACCAGACUUGCAGCCAAUCUCAACAACAGCUGCAGCUGGCCUCAGGCCUUACAGUAUUCGCUGCUACAAACUGUGGUAGAGGCGUGUCAGAAAAAACAGCAAUGCAGAGUUCAGCCAUCUGUGGGCAAAUACGAUCCUUGUCCAGGCCACCCAAAGUUCAUUCAAGUCGAUUAUAAAUGUCGACCAUUCGAGUUCAGGAGCAAAGUGGCGUGUGAAAACGAGGUGGUCAACUUGCAGUGCAAUCCGAAUUCCCGGCUGGCCAUGUUCUCAGCAAGCUAUGGCCGGACAGAGUACGAGAGUAUCCAGUGUCCGCAACCACAAGGCGUUCCCGAAGAGACGUGUCUGGUGAGUUACGCGACGGAGACCGUGAUGACUGUGUGCCACGGCAAGAGAAAUUGCAGACUGGCGGCGGAUGCGGCGACGUUCGGCAACCCUUGCAAACCAGCUUCCAGGAUGUACUUGAAAGUCGUUUACAACUGCGUGCCCAGGAGAGUGUUAAAAGAACAAUUCGAAGAGCCUGCUCAUUCCGACGAACCGACUGUAAUGGAACUGGACUACUUUGACAACCCCGGUGUGGCCCCCGUACAGCCAUUCGAAUCCUUAUCCCCGCCCGCCAACGACCCCAGGACUAGGUAUAACGAGUCGGCUGCUGAUCCCGUUGGGCAUGGAAAUUCAUCUAGUUCGUCACUGGGUACGAUAUCUCGGCAUACGUAUCAACAGUCCACGACACAGCAUCCGGUACAAAAUAUUACCACUAUCAAGACGGCUGAUCCGAAUAGCAUCUUAGCUAACAUCGUUACUUUUGGUUACGUUUCUUACAAGAUUGUGUACAAAAAACAAGACAAGUUUUACCUAUACUUGGGCGGUGGAUUGAUUGGCGGCCUGUUGUCCAUACUGUGUGUUGUGGCGGCCAAAUUCGUCUGGCAGCGUUCCAGGAGACAUUUGGACAACAAACAUAAGUCCGAUAACGCCAGCCAUGACAUGUCAAUCGACCCAAACGCAUUUGGCGAUAACAUUAGCGAAGUAGACGCCGAUAUUGAUCUAACGGAUAUUACGCAAUUUCCCAUCACCGUUAUACCCACACAACAGUUGUCGCCAAGCGAAGUGGUGAGAUAUGGAAACGAAGGUAUUGCGCCCAAAAGUCUGUGUAGGAAUGACAGCUCACAAUAUUACUAUGGAUGACAAAAUGGCGGCAAGGAGACGGUCAGCCGGCUGCCUUGCUCAUCCCAAACGCCAGCAAAUCCUGCCGCAUCAAGAAUGUAUUGUUUCUAACGGACGGGAUCGUUGCUUGCCCAAGAAUGAGCUUAGCAAAACCCAACUUAAAAGACUUUCGAAUUUACUUUAGUCUAUAAUUUCUUUUGUUUAUGUAUAAUGUAUGUAAUAUUAUAUAAAUAAAUAUCUGCGUAUCAGUCGAAUCGUGUUAUAUAAUUUUAAGUAUAUUAUUAAUUAUUAUAUGAUUAAUUUGCCGAUAAUUUAAUAAACUCAAAACCAAAGAACGAGACCAUUCGAAAAACGAAUCAGGGAACAAUCAAUAUAAAUUGAUGUAUAAUAAUUAUUACAUCAAACGAGUUUUAUAUGCUGUGAAAAUUGUGUAAUGUAAAAAUAUGAAGAGGGUUACAGCUUGUUCGUACAGACAAUUCAUUUCCAUUACCAUAAUGAAUAUGUUACUAUUGAUUUUUUGCACUUAAAAAUAACCGUGACCGACGAAUAGAACCUCAUAAAGUGAUAAUGACUAAUUUGAUAAAUUUUAACAUGAAAAGACACUUAAUCUUGGAGGUACGUUAUUAACUUUUGACACAUACAAUUACAAUAAAACUUAUUUUUUAACUACUUUUCAUGACAUGAUUAUAGAGAUUUUUUUUUUAAUUCAAAAUAAACGAAUUCUAGGGUUUGUCGCUUUUGGUUAGCAUCAUUUCUCAAAAAAAACAUUUUAUAACUAAAUUAAACACAAUACUAUAAGCCAUAAGUAUAAAUAAAUACAAAUAUAAAUACACUUCUUGAUCAUUUUCAGUUUCCACAUAAUACUUUUAAUUUACAAUGAUGUCUUGUAACCUGUAAAACUUAGAAAUAUUUUGAAAAGGAAAUUAAAAAAUUAUUGCUUAAUUAAUCAUAAAAAAAAUUAAUUUUUUUUAGUUUAGAAUUUAAUUAGUUUUUUCAACAUAAUAUCUAUACAUAUAUGUAAGAAACGAUUUUGCUAAUGGAGGAUAACCUGUUUUUCCAUUACGAUCUUAAUGAGGAUUUAAAAUGACACCUAUAAUCGAGUAUUAUACCCACCAUGAUGAAAAUAGUAUUAAGCUUCAUUAUUAAACAUAA